UUGUAUAUUGGGUUAAAGUGGUGUAAUAUUUUAUGUUGGACUGUAUAUUUUUGAAAAUUUCCCUUUAAAAUACCGGUCUUUCCCUCUUCUUCAAGAACCACCAUUUCACCUACCAGUUUUUUCACUGGGAAAAAAUUCUUGAGAGUAACAGUGGAAAAUGAAGAGGUAUAGGAAUGGAGAGAUAUGGGAUUUUGAGCAAGAAAUGCAGCUUUUAGGAGAUGGGUUUUGUGAUCAAAGAGAAGUAAUAUUGGGAUUGGAUGGUGAUACUACUUGUACUGUGUGUGUUUGUAUGCCUCUUAUCCCUUUUGUUGAUUCACUACCUGACCCUCCUCCCAUUCUCUCAAGAGCAGUUGCUGGAUGCUCCAAUCACAAUAGUGUGGGAGAAAGCGCCGCGAGGGAUGCUCUAGAGCUAGUAAUGGCUGAUGCUCUAUCAAAAGCAGGCUCAACACGUUUCUGUGUACAAGCUGUUUGUUUGGCUGUCUCUGGCGUCAACCAUCCAACAGAUGUAGAGCGAAUAAUGAACUGGCUUAGAGAUAUAUUCCCCAGCCAUGUCCAAUUCUUUGUUCAGAAUGAUGCAGUAGCAGCUCUUGCAAGUGGAACAAUGGGAAAGCUUCAUGGUUGUGUCCUUAUUGCUGGUACGGGAACAAUUGCUUAUGGUUUCACUGAAGAUGGGAGAGACGCUCGAGCUGCUGGUGCUGGGCCUGUACUGGGAGAUUGGGGAAGUGGAUAUGGUAUAGCUGCACAGGCAUUGACUGCUGUAGUUAGAGCCUAUGAUGGUCGUGGUCCAUACACUGCACUUACAUCAAGUAUUCUAAGGAAGCUGGAUCUUUGUUCUCCUGAUGAGCUUAUCGGGUGGACCUAUUCAGAUCCAUCUUGGGCUAGGAUUGCAGCUCUUGUUCCAAUUGUAGUGACAUGUGCAGAGGGAGGUGAUGAAGUAGCAAAUAAGAUAUUGAGAGAUGCGGUUCAAGAAUUAGCUUCAAGUGUUAAAGCUGUUGUUAGAAGACUGCACUUGUGUGGUGAAGACGGAAAUGAUCCAUUUCCUCUUGUUAUGGUUGGGGGUGUUCUUGAAGCCAACAAGAAAUGGGAUAUAGGAAGAGAAGUCAUUAACUGUAUAUGCAAGGACUUCCCUGGGGUUCAUCCCAUUUGUCCGAAGGUGGAGCCUGCCAUUGGUGCUGCUUUGCUUGCUUGGAACUUGUUGGCUAGAUAUAGUCGACAAGGGACUCUGAGAAGUGAAAUCUAUUCUUCUUAAGAGACUUGAUCAAUUGUACAGCAGUAAGGAUGAAUGAAAGGUCAUUUCAGCAUAUACGAUCCACAAAGGAAAAUGUGUAUUUUGUUUUUUCCAUUUUUGUUAUAUAGAUUCUUCUUCCUCUU